AUGUCGGAUUCCAUGGUGAGUCCUCAGGAGACAUCCAGUGCGAUGAGGAAGGAGUCCUGGGUUUCAAUGGUUCAGAAUAAAAAGGUUCUACGGAAAUUUGAUGUUACUAUCAAUUCUUCAGAGCGGAGUGAUUCGGUGGACAUCCCUGAUGAAGUUCUUGAUAACUCUACACCGCUCUGGGAUGACUUUCUCCUUGGUAAGUUCUUGGAUACUGCUCCUCAUGUUGGCAAAGUUCAUGUGAUUUUGAAGAAGAUCUGGAAACAGGGGACUGAGUUUCCCAAGAUUGAUGUUUAUGAAGUCAAUGCUACGACGUUACGGUUUAAGGUCUCUGAUCCUAUUCUCAGAUCUAGGAUACUUAAAUGCGGUAUGUGGAAUAUUGCUGAGGUAUCGAUGGUCAUCUCAAGGUGGUCUCUGGUUACUGAAAAAGAACAACCAGAGGAAAAAUCUAUACCCCUUUGGGUCCAUUUGAAGAAGGUUCCGCUGCAUUUAUUUUCUUGGGAGGGGCUGAGUUUCAUCGCUAGUGCAGUGGGCUCUCCUGUCCGGUUACAUCCUGAGACAGUAGCAUGCUCUAACAUUGAUGUUGCAAAAGUUUUCGUCAAUGCUGAUUUAUCUAAGGUGCCACCGAAGAGUAUUUCCUACUCUAACAAUGGUAAGAGUUUCUCGGUUGACUUUCAUUAUCCAUGGUUGCCUCCUCGUUGCUCUUCCUGUGAGAAGUGGGGGCAUCUUGUGGCUCGAUGUGGUGUUGACAAAUCAGUUGUCAUGACUCCGCCCAUAGAGGUAACGGAUCAGAACUCUGUUUUGAGUUCUGCUCCUGUUGUUGGAACGGUGCCUCUAAAAGAUGUCUUACCUUUGGUACCAUCUGUCACUGUUCCUGAAAAGUCAGUUACUGCCAGUGUUGUGGAGGAAGGGGUACAUUCGCUAGUGGACAAGUCUGUUGCGUUGGAGGAAUGGUCUGUAGUGUCACCCUCAAAAAUGAGUCGUAGUCCCAGUAAGUCCUCUGCUCAACAGUCAACUAUGCCCACCAUUUCAGCGUCCAAGUUUGCUGUCCUUAGUGUUUCUGAGGAUGAAGAGGAGGGUGAAAUCUCGGAUGAAGCUGCCUCUGAUGUUGAUGGGAAACCGUUGACUUUAGACCAUGAAACCAAGGUUGGUGUCUCUUCUGAGGAUGUCUCGAAACCACAUGUCUAA